AGUGAUAUAGUUAAGAGUUAGCACUUGGAUUAUCAAUUACUGAUUGCCAGAAAAACAGAGUGGAUCACAUCUUCUUUCCUGGAGAAGUAGUCACUUUCAAGGUUUAUGUUCAAUGAUGAGGAUCUCUGAGUCCGUCCUGGACAUGGAAAUGGCAAAUUAUACGGAAGUCUUAGAUCCCAGUUAUACUAGUCUGGAGUUUGAAACAAUGCAAGUCUUGUAUAAUGGCAGUGACAGUUGCUCAGCAGAGCCACUCGGCAUGAACACUGCAGACAGUGGGAUUGGUGGCCUUUGUGCAAUAUGCGGAGACAGAGCAACAGGCAAGCAUUAUGGUGCCUCCAGUUGCGAUGGAUGCAAGGGGUUCUUUCGACGCAGCAUACGAAAGAAUCAUGUUUACACCUGCAGAUUUAGCCGGCAAUGUACUGUUGAUAAGGACAAGAGAAAUCAAUGCAGAUACUGUCGUUUAAGAAAGUGUUUUCGCGCUGGGAUGAAGAAGGAAGCUGUGCAAAAUGAACGGGACAGGAUAAGUACGAGACGAAGUGCAUCUGAUGGCAGCAACAUUCCUUCUAUUAAUAUGUUGGCCCAGGCUGAGUUGCUUUCUCACCAGAUCCCUGUUUCAAGCCCCUGUGCUGGUACUGACAUCAGCGUUAAGAAAAUUGCUGGCAUUAGCGAAGUAUGUGAAUCUAUGAGGCAACAGCUCCUGGUGCUUGUAGAAUGGGCAAAAUACAUUCCAGCUUUUUGCGAACUACGGCUGGAUGAUCAGGUUGCCCUGUUAAGAGCACAUGCUGGAGAACACCUUUUGCUUGGAGCAGCAAAACGCUCUAUGCUUUACAAAGACAUUAUUCUUUUAGGUAAUGAUUUUGUAAUCCAUCGCAACAGUUCCGAAAUUGAGAUCAGCCGAGUAGCAAACAGGAUACUGGAUGAGAUAAUACGACCAUUUCAGGAGAUCCAAAUUGAUGAUAAUGAAUAUGCUUGCUUAAAAGCAAUUGUCUUCUUUGACCCAGAUGCAAAAGGACUGAGUAACCCAAUGAAGAUCAGGAACACAAGGUUUCAAGUUCAGAUCAAUUUGGAGGACUACAUCAAUGACCGUCAGUACGACUCCAGGGGACGCUUUGGAGAACUCUUACUACUUCUGCCUACCCUUCAGAGCAUCACCUGGCAAAUGAUUGAGCAAAUACAAUUUGUGAAACUGUUCGGAAUGGUUAAAAUUGACAGUUUGCUUCAAGAAAUGUUACUAGGAGGUACGUCUAGUGAUGCCACAAAUCUCCACCCAGUUCAUCCUCAUCUAGCCCAAGAUCCGCUCACUGGACAAACUCUGCUUAUAAGUUCAGUGUCUGCUCCUGUACACGCGGAACCGAUUUCAACUCCUGAAACUCCCCUGCCUUCUCCUCCACAAGGCUCUGGUCAGGAAUACAAGGUAGCUGCAAACCAAGUUACGGUUAUUUCACAGCAAUCUCUUCCAAAACAAAAGCCAUUGUGAUAUUGAUCAAUGCUUCUUCUUUUUUGUAAUACAAGCACUGCAUUAAGCCAUUGUGACACUGGAAAACUCAGGACAGAUAACUCAGAUCUGCUGUUAAAGAGACAAGUACAGUUCCCUUUGGAGAAGGUUUUUUUUUA